AUGGAACAAGGAAAAUUUCUUCAUAGUCUUAUUGAGGAGGCACAUUCUUUACAAAAUAUGAAUCAAUCUGAUAAUAACUCUACAAUGAAUGAUGAAGAUCUAAUGCUUCAAAAUAUGAUUGAUAAUUAUCAAAGAGAGGUAUUAAAAAAGAAACAAGCUAAUAUUUGUAGAGCCUCAUCAGCAGCAAAAUGUAUAAGUAUGGUGGAGAAAAGAAAAAAUUUACCAACAUCAAGUCAUUCACAACCAUGUCUUUUUAGUAUGGUUGAAUCAAAAUCUUCACCAACAUCACAGGUUCCUUCAUCUCCAAAUAGUUGUGAUGAUAAAAAAAUUAUAGAUUUAAAAUAUGAAAGCAUAUCAUUUUCACAAAAUACAAAAAUACCAUCUUGUUUUGUGGUACCAUCACAACAACAACAACAACAACAUAAUUCAAUACUACAGGGAACACCUGGACAAAAUAUUCAACAACAACCACCAGCUUAUCAAUUUACGGGAAGAGAUAAUACAUUAAGAGGUGAAUUUUUUACUAUUCAAAAUGAAAAUAAACAAUUAAAAAUAAUUAAUAAUCAAUUAAGAGAAAAAUGUAUGAAAUUAGAUAAUUUAACAAUAGCCUAUGAUAAUAUUGAAAAAGAAUUUGAACUUCUUUUAAUUAAAAGAGAAAAAAGUGAAAAGGUACAUGAAUCAACAAUUGAAAAAUUAGAAAAACAAAUAGAUAUAUUAGUUAAUGAAAAUAAUAAUCUUAAAAAAAGAGUUGAUGAAAAAAGUAAGAAUGAUCAUCAAAAUGAUGAGAGGCAAUGCCUAGAGAUUGAGGCACAAAAUGCAACAUUACAAGAACAAAGAAAUCAUAUUGAUGUUGUGGAGAAAGCUUUAUUUAAUGCUCAGGAAAGGUAUAAUUUAAAGGAAAGACAAUUAUCAGAAAUGGCAAUGGUUAAUAAAAGUUUACAAAAAAAAUUAGAAGAAAUUUUAGUUAGAGAAAAUGAUUUAAUUAAAGAGAUUAAAAAACUUAAAAAAGGUAAUGAUGAAAUUUGUGAAAUACAAAAAUUAAGAAGAUUAAUAUAUGUGAAGGAAGAAAAUAUAUCUAAUUUAAAGAAAAAAUUAAAAGAAGCUGAAAAAAAUUGUGGUCUUCAGGAUGAGACUGAUGAAGAUGGUGAGUAUGAUGAUGAAGAUUUUGAUGAUCCUUAUAUUCCAUCAAGAAGUACCUCACAUACACAAAAAAUAUUUUCUAAUAAUAAUCUAUUAAUUGAUAAUUUGGAUGAAAAUUUAAAAGAAAAAACAUCUUUAAAACAACAAUAUCAGGAUGAAAAAGAUAAAUUGGAGGAACGAUUAAGAUAUGCUAAUAAUAGAAAUGAAAAACAACGACUUUUUGAUAAUCUUAAUAAUAGCUAUUUUCAAGAUGGAUGUAGAAGUAGGAACAAUAAAAAACCAGGAAUAAAAAAUAUAUAUGCUUUUAAACAACAACAUAUUCCAUCAACAUUUAGCUCCAGUUACAGUAGUCAAAAUCAUUCAAGAAGUUUAUCUAGUGGUACUGAAUUUCCACAAAUAUCUAUACCACCAAAUCCUAUUGGAGCAUAUAGAGAUAAUUUAUUAAGAAGUAUUGGUUCUAAUAAUAAUGUUAAUCAUGAAAAUGAAUAUAAUUUAACAAAUUAUCAAAAAAUGUAUAGAUCUUAUCAACAAAUGCCAAUAAAUAUUUCACCAAAAUCAAGUAACUUUAAUUCUGAUAAUUUAACAGCUGAAGAGUACCUUGAAACUAAAAGACAUGAGUUACCGUAUAAUGGUGAUCAAUCAAAUUUUGAGAAUGUACUUGUAAUUGACACAAUAUCAAAUAACAUUCAAAACACAAAACCAUAUACCAUAGAAAAUGCCAUAAAUUCACAAAUAAAUAUCUUUACAUCACCAACAACAACAAAUGGAUUACGUAGAAAUAAUGGUAGAUAUCAAUUAUCUUUUAAAUCAUCAUCAUCCUCCUCAUCAACAUCAAAUAGUAAGACAAAUUCAAUUGUUAUCAGUGAACCACAAACACCUACCAAUAUUAAUAAAAGUACCUCAACAAAACAUGUAUUAUUAUCAGAAGGAACUAAAUCAAGUUCAAUAAAUUCAAUGGCACAUUCAAAAUCAUCAAGUGAGGCAGAGAAUACAGAAGAGAUGAUAUUAAAUAAAAUUGAAAUACCACAUCCACAUUUUGUAGAGAAAGCCAUUGAAAUACCUAAAAAUCAUUAUAUUCAUGUCCAGACAAAUCAUAACACUCUCGUUCCAAAAACUAUCAUUGUUAAUGAUGAUGAAAUUUAA